CCCAACUGCCACAUGCUUUGGCCCAAACAACGGGAUGGCUAGCUUUUGCGCGAUGGAUUGAGGUGCUCUCUCUCGCGGCAAAUGGCCUUCAGCGGCGGCGUAAAGCUGGGCGAUUUGGAUGAUUUCAUCUCUUUGUCCCAGGAAUGCGUGAAGCCGUUGAUUCAGGCAGAGAACAGGGAACAACUGGUCAGCGCAGCUGCAAGACAUCAGUGAGGCGAAAGCGCUGCCAGUGGCUGAGGUGCCUCAGGUUCAAAAGCCGAACCUCAUCAAGUCCAAGCAGAGCAGCACCGAUCCGAAGGCGCAGAUCGGACAGGUGAGCCUCUCGGAUUGCUUGGCCUGUUCGGGUUGCGUGACAUCUGCCGAGACUGUCUUGUUGCAGGAGCAAAGUGCAGAGGAGUUCAUGAAGCGAUCCCAGGCUGCGCGCCUGACGGUGGUCUCCAUCUCCCCCGAGGCGCGCACGAGCUUGGCCGCCUACACGAAGGAAGAUCCGUUACUGACCAUGCGAAAAGCGGCAGAGGGCCUCCGGCGCUUGGGUGUCGAAUACGUCUUGGACACCAGCGCUGCCGAGUCCGUGGCGCUGCUGGAAGGCAAAGCAGAAUUCAUUCAAAGAUACAAGGCCUCUUACGGAGGGAGCAGCAGCAGCAGCAAAGGUCGUUUGCCUUUGCUCACCUCCCACUGUCCAGGCUGGACCGUCUACGCCGAAAAGGUGGUGGACCCAGUGAUUUUGCCCCAGCUCUGCCAGCUUCGCCCUCCUCAGCAUGUGCAGGGCCGCUUGGUGAAGACUUGCCUGUUGGAGGCGCACAAUCGGCGCCAGCUGCACAGAUGGUGGCGUGCUCGAAGCCCGCUCUUUGCCAUGGAGGGCAAGGCCUUGCUAUGCCAGGCGCAAACCACGAAGGCCCUGUCAGACCCACCGACGCCGGUGACGGCGGAGGAGGUCUACCAUGUCUUUGUCCAGCCCUGCUACGACCGGAAGAUCGAGGCGGCGAGACCCCACUUCGAGGUGCCGGACGCAUCAGGCAUCAAGGAGGUGGACACCGUGCUCACGGCCACGGAGCUCUUGGACCUCCUCCGCGAAGCCGGUGAAGGCUGCUGCGGUGGAUGUGGCAAGUCUGCUUGCGAGAAGACAGAGCCCCAAAAGCUGCCGCCGGUCUCGAUCCAGAGUGAGGUCUUCACGGAUCUCUUUUUAGGGCACCCUCAGGACACGCUGAGCCGUGCUGUGAGAGGGAAUGCAGGGUCGGGCGGCUUUCUGGAGCACAUCUUCCGCGAAGCGGCACAAGAGCUGUUCGCGAUGGAAGUGUCAUCCAGUCCGCUGGUGCUGCAGACCAAGCAGAACGAAGACCUCCGAGAGACCCUAUUUCAAUGGACUCGCGCCGACAGCUUGCGCUCGGUCGGUUGGCACAGCCCGACAGUUGAAUGGAACAAACGGUUCCUUCAAAGACGUGGGCCACUUUGUCGAGAUCAUGGCCUGUCCUGGAGGCUGCCUCAAUGGCGGUGGCCAAAUCCCGGACGCCAAGUCGGAGGAGCAACAUGAAGCCAAGACUCAGGCGGCCCGGAGGCAAAGGCUCAAUGGCUUGGAGGACGUGCUCCUUGAGGGCGCAAGCUACGUCACCCCAGCCGAGCAUCCGCUGGCACAGAGGAUCUACGAGUACAUCGCGGCCCAGGUCUCGUGUAAGGGCACGAACGGGUCGUGGCAGAGCCUCAUCGGAUCCGACGAGAUCAGGAGUUGGCUUUUGGCCAAUUGGAAGAGCUUGAAGGUGGACAGCGAAGGGAAAGACGUUGUGACCAGCUCCG